GCGGACGUCGGUAUGAGCGUCUGCUUCCCUACGUCAAGACAGCGACCACCAAGCCAGUCGGCAAGUAAGCGUGGUCGUCUUUCUAGCACAUAAGCAACAGCGAGCCUUUCACAACGCUUUCAAGCCAUGUCUUCUUCCGUCAGUUCAAGUUGUUGGUCGCAGGGCGAGAGAAAAUCGGAUCUCAGCGCGGCGGACUCGGACAUCAAUGUCGAGGCAAGCUUGGGCCCUGAGCUCAUCCGCGACGAGCACAUCUGGUUUAAAGAUGGAAAUAUUAUUAUAUGCGCAGGUCCCUACCACACAGGAGAUGGCCCUAUGUACGGCUUUCGAUGCCACGCAUCCGUCUUGGCUUCCCGGUCGCCUGUAUUCAAAACCAUGCUCCAGCUCCCGAAUGCCUCGGGCAGGCAGCUGGGAGGAACGCCCUGCGUGGACUUACUAGACCAGUGGGAGGAUAUCAGGGACCUCCUUAGGCUUCUAUACGGUUUUCCGAUCGUCCUGCCGGGGAGACGACAUCCAGAUACACUCAAAAUUGUGGCCGGCCCCAUGCGAUUGGCAGCGAAGUACGAGAUGGACGGUAUUUUGAACCAGCUGGCUCCUAUUCUUGAGCGAGACUGGCCAAGCAAGUACGAAGACUGGAUGCAUGCCGAAAAGGAGUUCGAGCAGGAUUACUAUGAUAGGCAUCCUGAUGAAAUACUCACUGGUAUGACUGUGGACGAAUACCAAGACCCAGCGGCAGCUGUCCAGCUGGCGCAGCAGACUCGUCUUCUCUCUAUUCUUCCCGCUGCCUUCUACGACCUCAGUCGAAUUUAUCUCCGCACGCCAGCUAUUAGAAAACCUGACGGGUUCUUUCCACGAUGCGCCAACACCAGACUUUUGUCACGCGACGAUCUUGAACGCCUCGCUGUUGGCCGCGAACGCAUCGCGAAAUACGCGGCAUAUCAGCUCGGUCAGAAUGUAUGGGGAGAGCUCAUCACGGGUGAUGCUCUGCAGCUCAAGGGCAGGUGCUCAAAAACGGACCGCACGUGUCUGGCAUACAUAUCGAGCUGGUUGCGCACGAAGCUCGCAGGUUCAGACGCAAUGCAUAUUUUAUCGAGUGAUCCUAUGAUAAGCCUAGACCGUAUGGCUCAGCAAUUGGAAGCGGACAACCACAGCAGCGAAUAUCUCUCCCCUACUUGUCACACCUGCAGAUCCUGGUUUGCUCAUCUGAUGCGGAAAGAAGCGAAGACGUUAUGGGAUAAGCUACCGGAAAUUUUUGAGUUGGACUCCCUGACGUCAUGAUCGCUCCAUCAACUACGAAUACUGGUGUGUAU